UCUCUUUCUAGUCCCUUAAUGCCCCACGAAGGCAAGGCCGAAGCGUAACGGGACCCUGGAGGAAGGAGAGCCCGGGGACCUGGGUGCCCUCCGGGGCUCACGGGCGCGCGGCCGGGCGGCCGAUUUCGAGAGAAGCUCAGCCCUCGCUCCUGCACGGUGGGGCCAGCGGCCGGGGAAGCUUCUGGGGCGCGCGCGGGGAGGCGGCGCAGCGCUCCACCUGCCUUACCCGGGACACAGCCCCGGGGUGAGGCGUCCAGGGACCACCCCAAGUCAAUAUUGGGAUUUUUAAUAAACCAAGGAAUGGGAUUUUAAUUAUUUAAAACCCAGCUCCUCUGGGCCAGAUGCUGUUGGGAUGGCCCUACUCACACAAUAUUAAAGAGACCCAUCACUAAGAGGACGAGAAAAGCGUCCGAGACCAGCGUCCGAGACAUCCGUUGCAAUUACGAAUGAACCAGAGACUUGGUAGCACGGGGCAUUGAUUGCUGGUGCCCAACCGGACCCUCCUCCCCUCUCCCCAUUCCUCCCGCCCGCACCCCGCCCCCCCCCUCACCCGAGGCAGGCUCUGGCGGCGGCCGGGACCUCGCGUCCCUACAUCGUAGCCGGGGCCACGUUUUUCAUGAGCCCGGGGUGAACAGGUGCGAAGUGCGCUGGGAGCAUCCAGCCAAAGGCCGGGAGCCGGGAACAUGGAGAGCGAGCGCGACAUGUACCGCCAGUUCCAGGACUGGUGCCUCAGGACUUACGGGGACUCAGGCAAGACCAAGACGGUGACCCGUAAGAAAUACGAGCGGAUCGUCCAGCUCCUCAACGGCUCCGAGUCGAGCUCCACGGACAACGCCAAAUUUAAAUUCUGGGUCAAAUCGAAGGGCUUCCAGCUGGGCCAGCCGGACGAGGUCCGCGGGGGCGGCGGCUGCGCCAAGCAAGUGCUCUACGUGCCGGUCAAGACCACGGAUGGUGUAGGGGUAGAUGAGAAGCUGUCUUUGCGGCGGGUAGCUGUGGUUGAAGAUUUCUUUGACAUCAUCUAUUCGAUGCAUGUGGAAACAGGGCCAAAUGGAGAACAAAUUCGGAAACAUGCCGGACAAAAGAGAACUUACAAAGCAAUUUCAGAGAGCUAUGCCUUCUUACCAAGAGAAGCGGUGACGCGGUUUCUAAUGAGCUGCUCAGAGUGCCAGAAAAGAAUGCAUUUAAACCCAGAUGGAACAGAUCACAAAGAUAAUGGAAAACCUCCCACUUUGGUGACCAGCAUGAUUGACUACAACAUGCCAAUUACCAUGGCCUAUAUGAAGCACAUGAAACUUCAGCUGCUGAACUCACAGCAAGAUGAGGAUGAAAGUUCAAUAGAGAGCGAUGAAUUUGAUAUGAGCGAUUCAACACGGAUGUCAGCUGUGAACUCUGAUCUUAGCUCCAAUCUUGAGGAGAGAAUGCAGAGUCCUCAGGCUCUUCAUGGCCAGCAAGACGAUGAUUCUGCUGCAGAGAGCUUUAAUGGCAAUGAGACUCUGGGGCACAGUUCAAUUGCUUCAGGGGGAACACACAGCAGGGAGAUGGGUGACUCCAAUGGCGAUGGCAAAACUGGGCUGGAGCAGGACGAGCAGCCACUGAACCUGAGUGACAGUCCCCUCUCAGCUCAGCUGACCUCGGAAUACAGAAUAGAUGACCACAGCAGUAAUGGAAAAAGCAAAUAUAAGAAUCUUCUAAUUUCUGACCUCAAGAUGGAACAAGAGACGAGAGAAAAUGGAAGCAAGUCCCCUGCACACAGCUACUCAAGCUAUGAGUCUGGCAAAAAUGAGAGUGUAGACCGAGGUGCCGAGGACCUGUCUCUAAACAGAGGCGAUGAGGAUGAAGACGACCACGAUGACCACGACGAUUCUGAGAAAGUUAAUGAGACUGAUGGCGUUGAGGCAGAGCGGCUGAAAGCUUUCAACAUGUUUGUCAGGCUGUUUGUAGAUGAAAACUUGGACCGAAUGGUCCCAAUCUCUAAGCAGCCCAAAGAAAAGAUCCAGGCUAUCAUUGACUCAUGCAGGCGACAAUUCCCUGAGUACCAAGAGCGUGCCAGAAAACGUAUACGUACUUACCUCAAGUCCUGCAGGCGGAUGAAAAGAAGUGGUUUUGAGAUGUCUCGACCUAUUCCUUCCCACCUCACUUCAGCAGUUGCUGAGAGUAUCUUGGCUUCAGCCUGUGAGAGUGAGAGCAGAAAUGCUGCCAAGAGAAUGCGCCUGGACAGACAACAGGACGAAUCUGCCCCGGCUGACAAACAAUGCAAACCAGAGGCGGCCCAGGCCACUUACUCAACCUCAGCUGUUUCGGGCUCCCAAGAGGUGUUGUACAUCAACGGAAAUGGGACCUACAGUUACCAUAGUUACAGAGGUCUAGGAGGGGGACUGCUCAAUCUGAAUGAUGCUUCCAGUAGUGGACCCACCGAUCUCAGCAUGAAGAGGCAGCUGGCGACUAGCUCAGGAUCCUCCAGCAGCUCAAGCUCCAGACCCCAGCUGAGUCCAACCGAAAUCAAUGCCGUCAGACAGCUCGUUGCAGGAUAUCGAGAAUCAGCUGCAUUUUUACUGCGUUCUGCCGAUGAACUGGAAAAUCUUAUUUUACAACAGAACUGAGUCAAAUGACGAUCCUAUUCACUGAGGUCUAAAUUUGCAGUUUCCACUAAUGACAUUUUGAUUUCCCAGCAGAGAUGCUUCUGGUCUUACUGCACAGUCUUAAGAGAAAUACUUCCAUUAUACCACAUUGUCCUUGAUCCGUAAAGUGGUGUAUUAAGGUGCUUCAAGGGAACACUGACCUCUGAAGUACUUGAGAUACGGUAACAUGUCCAGCCCACUGCUUUUUGUUUUAGUUUGUCAGCAUAAAUAUCAGGGGCAAAUCAAGGCUGUAUAUUCCUAAUCCAAGGAUAAAAGAGAAGAAGCUUGUGGUAUAAAUAGUUCAAGAUCCAACUGAAACAUUAGUGGAAUUACUGACUUAUUGAACUGAAAGCUACAGUAUCUGGCAAAAAAACAAAAAAGCCAAAUUUCUUGUUGCUACAGGAUAUAACAACAAUGAGAAGGAUCUUGUAUUUUAAAUAAUAUAUAUAUGUAGUUUUUAUAAAAAGAAAACUUGUUUUUCAUUCAAAAUUGUCAUUUUUACUUUGGUAACUUUUUCAUAGGUCCUAAAAAAACUGUUUUGAGAAACUACUGUAAGUACCUUUUUCCACAUCCCUUUGCCUUCUCCUCUUUCCAAAUUCUUUCUACAAAAAUAACGAUGCUGGAAAACAAACCCUUGCUACGUUCUUUAAAUCGUCACAUCAGGAGCUACUUCCAAGAGAAGCCUGCAUUUCUGCACUCAUGCUCAUCAACCCACUCAACCUUGCAGUUGCGCCAUUGUGGUUUUCGUCACAGAAUUUUUUAAUAUUAAAAAAGAUAUAUCAUUGAAAAAAGAAAAUCACACCUUGGUUCCUUACAGCUGCUCAACCCGGAUUGGUGCUGCUGGCUUACAGGCAUGCCUCCAGCAGCAAUGGAGUAGAUGGCUGAAUGUUAAGAGGUUGCAAGUGACAAUCUGAAAAUUUGCACUCCUGUGGUUUUUCUUUCUCCGUUUCAGAACUAGUUUCCAAAAACUACCAUUCCCUCUCCUCAUAGGAUUUGUAUACUUUACAGUUCUAGGUAAAAAUGAUAAAGGUAAAUAUAAAGGUAAAGAACUCUCAGUGGAUGCAGCUGCAACUUUUAAUGAACUGUCCCCUUCUACCCCCCCCCCCAACUUUGUCCUUUUUUCUUAUUUUCUAGUGUUGGAUACACAUGAAUGGUGUUUUCUUUGUGCACUGAGGCAAGCCUAUUUUUAAAAUAUUUAGGGAGGAGUACAUCUGUUUUUGCUUCUUGUAUGAUUCUUUUUCUGUUGUUUAGCUUUGGUUGGAUUACAGAUUCUUUGUGCAUUCCUGGAUUUGCCUUAUUUCAUGUAAAACUAUGUCAUUCCGUUUUUGAUAAUGAGUUUAAGGCAUCAGUGAUAUUUCUUAUCUACUUGUUACAUAUAGUUUUUCAAGUAAUGACUGUGAUUGUGACCAAGUAAUGUGCACUUUUUCUUGUAACUGUGGACAUUGCUAUGCUUUUUUCUUCUAGUGUUUCUAGAAUUACUGUUCCUUACAGUUACGUAAACAAAACAAAAAACAAAAAAAGAACUUUUGUGAUACUGUUGGUGAAUAUAAUGUGAAAAUCUUAUUGAAAUAUGAGUAUUUUGGAAAUACAUAGAUGCACAAACAUCUUUUAAGGUGUGGAUUUAGAGUUUGCUUAUUUAAAUGAAAAUUCAAAAAUCGAGGGCUGGUAUAAUUUUCUCUGUUUUGUUUGGUUUAAUAAACAGAUUUCUGUGUUAAAA